CCGCAGCCGCAGCCGCAGGUCCAGCAACCCGUCCCCCGCCCUUCCAUCCCGCUAGUCGUGAAGCCGGAGUCACCCAAGUCACGGACGCGGCAGCAUUCUGAUGCUAAAGAUGGCACACCAACAAGGAAAAAGAAUUGCAACUGCAAGAACUCUAGAUGUUUGAAGCUGUAUUGUGAAUGCUUUGCAUCUGGGGUUUAUUGUGAUGGCUGCAACUGUACAAACUGUUGCAAUAAUGUUGAGAAUGAGGCUGCUAGGCGUGACGCUGUUGAUACAACAUUGGAGCGCAACCCAGAUGCCUUUAGGCCUAAGAUCGGCAAUAGUCCACAUGCAGUUCGAGAUAGUCGGGGUGACGCAGGAGAGCUCCCUUUGGUGGGAAAGCACAAUAAAGGAUGCCACUGCAAAAAGUCGGGGUGCCUUAAGAAGUAUUGUGAAUGCUUUCAAGCCAAUAUCCUCUGCUCGGAUAAUUGCAAAUGCAUAGACUGCAAGAAUUUUGAAGGGAGCGAAGAAAGGAGGGCCCUUUUUCAUGGUGACCAUGGAAGCAACCUUUACAUGCAGCAGGCGGCGAAUGCAGCCUUAAAUGGUGCAAUCGGGCCAUCCGGGUUUCUUUCUUCUUCGACCUCUAGAAAGAGAAAGAACCAGGAAGUCUUGUUCGGCACAUCUGUCCGAGAUCAGCCUGUUCACAGGGUCAGUCAAUUUCCUCAGGCUGCUCAUCUGAGGAAUGCUGCACAACCUUCUUUUGCUCCCGUUCCUGUAUGUUGUCCUACAAACUCCGCCAAUUUAGGAGCUUGCAAAGUCACUUACAGGCCUCUUCUAGCCGAUAUUGUCCAAACAGAGGAUGUGAAGGAGCUUUGCAAGAUUUUGAUAGUAUUUUCAAGAGAGAUUGCUAAUGUUGUUUCUGGUAGAAAAGCACAAGAAGAGAAGCUUCUAGGGAAAGAAGACAUAACGGAAGCCUCUCUCUCCUCCACUAAUCAUGAAAAAGAAGGCAACCAGAGUGACCUAGAAAUUCAAAAAGCAUCCGCCAACGAUCGCUUAGGUGGGACCAACAUUGACAAAACAAAUGCAGAGCAAUCCGGAUCUGACCAUGCUGAUACACAGAAAAUUAGCAGGCCAAUGUCUCCUGGAACCCUAGCUUUAAUGUGUGAUGAAGAAGAUACAAUGUUCAUUACUCCUCAAAAUGCUGCUUUGACUCCAAGCUUUCCAGCCAAUCAGAACAUGUCUGAGGUCUAUGCGGAGCAAGAAAGGGGUGUUUUGAUGAAAUUCCGGGAUUACAUUCGUAAGAUUGUGACCUGUGGGAGAAUGAAAGAGGAAAGGUACUCGUUGAUGGCGAUGAAAUCUGAAACGCCUUCUCGCCAGGAACCAAUCAGCAAUGGUGUUCCCAAAGCUCUCAUGUCAAGAACAACAGAGCUUCCUCCCGUGACCAAAACGGUAACUGCUAGUUCCAGUAAGUAUCCAUCUAUCGAACGCCCAAUUUCUGGACCUAUCGAGAAAAAACCUAAGAUUGAGCAUAGCGAGUCAUAGAAAUGUAAAGUAUUAAAAAAAAAAAAAAGAGAAAAGGAGAGGAGAUUAUAGCAGUAUUCGAAGCACAUUGCUGAAUCUUUUUAUUUGCACUCUGACAAUGUGGAAAUGCUGUAGGUAAACUUCUUGUUGACUCGAUUAAUAAAUUCCAUCCAAUCGAGCCACUCAUUUUAAUUUUAACCU